AUGGAUGAAGAUUAUGACUACGAUAUUGACUAUUCAGCUGACGAAUUAUAUGAAUAUGCGGAUGGGUUCCCCGAAAGCAUGGAAUACAAUCUCCGAGACUUGUGGAGUGAUUGUUUGGUGCCCACGUUAUCGGACGGAAUUGCAUCGACUUUCAAAUUACUAAUCUGCUGUUUACUCCUAAAAUUGAAUCUUGCUCUUACUUUCAUGCCAGAUUACUCCUUCCAUUUCACAUCGGCAGCUACUGGCAUUUACUGCCUGCACUCUUUUUUUGGCAGCGACAUUUUGUACAUCAUCCUCUUUGCAGCUGUUGGUUAUGGAAUCAUGAUCUUAGCAAAUGAUGUUCUUAAGCAAUACCAAGGAACUGUGUGUGUCUUUUCUUGUUUCAUGUUUGCAAUAAUAUGUGAAUUAUUUUUUGCAGAGAAAUCUCUUUGGCAUCGCAUCAGAGGGUCUCAAAUGCUGCUUUCUAUGAAACUUAUAUCUUUGGCAUUUGACACCCAAUUCUCAGGAAAUGAUCUUCCACCUGUAAUUGCCUGCUUUGGUUUUUUAUUCCAUCCUGGAACUGUGAUAUUUGGACCCUGGAUAAGCUAUUCCUCAUACAUGAACAGCAGGCAGAGCAUAAAAGUUGAUUUCUCUUGGAUUUCAUCAAUCAUUCGCAGCCUCAUUUUCAGUUUUGGUUUUCUGAGUAUUUCCACGUGUUGGACAUCAUGGUUCUUCUAUUCACCUGGAUGGAAGAUAUCUUCUGUUGUAUCUGCCUUAGACAUCGAAAUUCCACGCUCUUUGGUAGAAGUUGUCAUUUGGUGGAAUGUCCCUAUGCAUUUCUGGCUUAAAACAUAUGUAUUCAAAACUGCAAAGCCGUUGGGGGACUUUGCUGCAGUACUGCUUACUUAUGUUGCAAGCUCACUGCUACAUGGACUAAAUUUUCAGCUUGCAGCAGUUCUUCUUUCCUUAGGAUUUUACACAUACAUUGAACAUGUUCUGAGAAGGAAGUUGGCUAGUAUUUUCAAAGCAUGUAUUUUGGCUCGAAAGUGUAAGGCUGAGUGCAAUCAUGCCUAUAAACAUACUCAUCCAUAUGUUGUCAUAGCAAAUUGUGCUUUUGGAUUCCUUGCUGUUUUUCACUUGGCUUACCUUGGGGUGAUGUUUGACAGCUCUUCCUGUCUUGAAGAAGAAGGCUACAGCAUGAAUCACACUUUAGAGAAAUGGUCCCAGUUGGACUACAGUAGUCUUUGGGUUGCUAUGUGUUGUUACCUGUUUUAUUAUCUGAUAUAACCUUAGCAGUAAUAUAGCCUUUACACAUGUGCAAUCAUGUAAAAAGUAGAAUAUAAUGACACUAUAGUUGUAAAUUCAUAUGAAAAAUGAUCAAAAAUUAUUUUAACUAAAAUGGUUAAAAUAUGUAAACAA